CCCCGCCUCGGGCCACCGCCGCCGGGCGGAGGGAGCGCCAGGCCCGGCCCGCUCCGCGCACCGCUCCCGCUGCGGCCCGGCCCCCCCGGCCCGGCCCCGGCUCCGGCCCCGGCCCCGGCCCCGGGAGGGCGGGCGGGCGGCGCUGCCGCCGAGCAUGGCGAGCCGCCGCCGGGCCCCGCGGCGGAGCUGCGGGGGCCGCUGACCCGGCCCCGGCCUGGCCCCUCCGGGCCCCUCCGCGCCGUGAGACCCCCGGGUGUCCUGUGCUAUGAGCGUUCGGCCUGACUUCUCCACGAGCAGUUGCAAAUGAAAAUGGAGGAUAUGUCUUUGUCUGGCCUGGAUAACAGCAAACUGGAGGCCAUCGCACACGAGAUCUACACGGACCUGGUAGAAGAUGCCUGCCUGGGCCUCUGCUUUGAAGUCCACCGGGCGGUCAAGUGCGGAUACUUCUUCCUGGACGACACGGACCCUGACAGCAUGAAGGACUUCGAGAUCGUGGACCAGCCUGGCGUGGACAUCUUCGGGCAGGUGUACAACCAGUGGAAGAACAAGGAGUGCGUGUGCCCCAACUGCAGCCGCAGCAUCGCUGCCUCCCGCUUCGCCCCCCACCUGGAGAAGUGCCUGGGCAUGGGCCGCAACAGCAGCCGCAUCGCCAACCGGCGGAUCGCGAGCAGCAACAACAUGAACAAGUCGGAGAGCGACCAGGAGGACAACGAUGACAUCAACGACAACGACUGGUCCUACGGCUCCGAGAAGAAAGCGAAGAAGAGGAAAUCGGAUAAGGUGAGGGGGCUGGGGGUGAGGGGGCUGGGGGAGCCCGGGGGCACCGUGCACCCCACAACGCCCCCGCUCUCGUUGCAGAACCCCAACUCGCCGCGCAGGUCCAAGUCCCUGAAACACAAAAAUGGCGAGAUCGGCGGGAACCCCGAUCCCUUCAAGUACAGCAACUCGGCAGGAAUCAACUACGAGACGCUGGGCCCCGAGGAGCUGCGGACGCUGCUCACCACGCAAUGCGGGGUCAUCUCUGAGCACACCAAGAAGAUGUGCACCAGGUCCCUGCGGUGUCCCCAACACACUGAUGAGCAGCGGAGAUCGGUCCGAGUCUACCUCCUGGGUCCCUCCGCGUCCCUGCCCGAGGCAGAGGGCAGCGUGGAGAAUGACAGCUUCGAGGUGGCGGAGAGCCAGGCCAUCAUGAGCCGGCUGCAGUGGGACGGCUCCUCCGAUAUCUCGCCCUCCGACUCGGCCUCCUCAAAAGCCAGUACAAACAACUCUGAGUCCCGCAAGACCAAGAAGAAGAAGCCCCACUUGGGGCUGGUGAGCGGAGCCCCGGGGCUGGGCUCCAGCAAGAAGAAGAAGCCCAAGCCCCCCGCGCCCCACACCCCCAGCAUCUACGACGACAUCAACUGAGCACAGCGGAGCCGAUGGCAGGGGGACGGAGAGAUGGACAGACUCGGGCUGGGGCAGCCCCUCCCACCCUGGCUGGGGCAGCCUCAUGAUUCGGACACAAAGCGGGUACCCGGGGCGUGGAGGAUGGAGGACUUGGCCAUCGCUGCAGGGGGUAGGGGAGGGGGGGGGGCUGGAUUUGGGAGCCCCCAUUAGAGCCCCCCUCCCCCCAACCCCAGUGCUUCUAUUUAUUCUGUGACAGUUUCUGUACAUGGGUAUCCCAUCAGGGCUCUGAGGGGGGUGGUCUCUCACUUGGAGAUGGGGGCACAACCCCCCUUACCUUCCCACCACCCGCCCAAAAACCAGCUGUGCCCCUUCCCAUGCUUGUUUCUCCAGAGCACCCUUACCCCAGCUGGGUGGGGGGCACCUGGGCCCCCAGGGAAGGUCUGGACUGGGGUGCUGGGGGCACCAAUCCCUCCUGCCCCACAGCUUUGAGAUCACCCCACAGCCUGGGGCUGCUCCCCCUCUCCAUGCCCCGGGCCAACACUCGCUGGUCGGGCUGGCUCAGGAUGGGGGGAGUGUGAUGGGGCGGGGGUGUUCCUGCUUGGAGGAGACAAGUGGGGGACCCCCCCACACCCCAGAUCUGCUGUAAGCAGCUGGAUUCAGCUGCUGGGGGUGUUCGGGGCCUGGCAGGGCCUGCAUGGGACUUGCCCAGGCUCUGGGAUGGGGCGGGGGGGCUGUAUGCUGCAUCCUUCGUGUUUGGGACUGUUCGUGGGGGACACCCAGGGCUAUGUCCCCAGCUCGGGGCAGGGGUGGGGCCGCUGUGACCUUCCCUGCUCUGAACUGGCCUCUGUGUGGGGAGGAGGGACACAGCCCAGCUUUGAGGCAGUGCCCCCCUGCCUUGUAUCCCCAGGCUGGUGGCCCUAGGGCAGCUCUGUGUCUCCAUCCCUGUGGACCUGCUGCUGCAGCCAGAGGGGGUCCUUUGGGACCCCCAGCAGCUCUGGCUGGUGUUUGUACCCCACAGGCUCUGGUCUUCAACCAGUGGGGCUGGGAUCAGCAUCUCUCUGUGUGGGCCCAGGGAGGACAGGUCCCUCUGGCUGGACCCAGGUCCCCCCCAGCCCAGUGCUAGCCCCCCUCUCCAGCUGUUUUCCACUGCAGGGGCCAUGUCGGGGACAGGGUUGGCAUCGUCGCCUCUGUUGUACCCCUCCAGUGGCUGUCUGACACCCCAAGUUUGGCUCUGUGUCCCUGGAGGGGUGUUGCUUCUGUCCCCUCCCUGUGCCAUGGUAGUGUGGCUCGUCCUUUCGGUGGGGUCUUGCAAAUUAUGGUGCUCUUGACUCUGGAUUCACUAUUGUUUUAAAACUGCUGCUAAAGGCUAGUGCUGUGGCAGGACCUGGGGGUGUCCCCACUGAUCCCUGGGCACCCCAAACUGCUGGGGGGGGCCAGCUGCAUGAGGGGGGACCUCUGUGCGGUCCCUCCCUACCGCAGCUCCUGGCAUGGUUUGCGGCUGGGGGGCCUGGCCCCUGGAGCACGCUGAGCUGGCCUUUGCGUGCCCUGGGGCCCUGAGGACAGGGGUCUGGGCACCCAGAAAUAUGAGGCACCACCCUAGGCCCCCCCUCCAACUGCUUGGGGAGGGCAGUGGCUGGGGGUGGGGGGUGGGCGCAGCUUGAGCCACUCCAGCUGCAGGAGAGGUGCCGCAGUUUGGGGCCCAAGGGGUGUUAUGGGGCUGGGGGGCUCGGAUAUGCCCCAUACCCACUCCAGGUCCAUGUCCUUGCCCACAUGGCAGAGCCAGCGGCCACCCAGGGCCCUCCUGGGCUUGAGACUUGUAUUUUUGCGCACGUUCUCCAUCCCGUACGGGUAGUUGAGCCGUUGUAAGGUCUGUGUGUCCCAUUAGUGGGUUGUGGCUGCCCUUGUAAAUAAAACUGCAUCUUGACUUGGUA